AUGAGCAAAAUUGAUAUGAAUCAGGGUGCAUGGCUGAAAAUUCAAGAAAGUGAUUUAUGGGGCUCGGUGGAAGGUGUGUUAAAAUUAAGUUUUGAUCACUUGUCUUCUCCAUCUUUAAAGAAAUGUUUUGCAUAUUGUGCCAUGUUUCCUGAAGAUUUUUGCUUUGAAAAAGAGCAACUAAUUGAGCUUUGGAUCGCUGAAGGAUUUAUUGAAGCUCCUGAUGGCAGUUCUAUGACAAUGAUGGAAAUUGGUAACAAAUACUUCAAUGAAUUGUUUCCAAAUUCCUUAUUCCUUGAUGUGGAGAAGAAUACAUGCGGGAAUGUUCUCACAUGCAACAUGCACGACAUGGUGCAUGAUCUAGCUGUGUCUGUGUCAAAAGUUGAAACUUUGAUUUUCAAAGCCAAUUCCACUUCCACCACAGAUGGAAUUUCUCAUACUCGGCAUCUUGCUGUCAGUCAUCACGGAGAAUCAAUACCAAGACUUGUAAAAGCAGUUGCUCCAAAGUUGCACUCUUUGUUUUCAAAGAUUGAUGUGUUUGAGAAAAUGUCAAUGACCUUCAAAAGCUUAAGGGUCCUAAAAUUUUUUGGUGCUGGUUGUACUAAUCUUAAGUUGCCAGCUGCCAUGGGCGAAUUGAAGCACUUGGGGUAUUUGGAUGUCUCGGAGACUUCCAUCAGAACACUGCCUCGAUCCAUAACCCGACUUUACAAUUUGCAAACAUUGAGGUUCAUUGAUUGUUGGGAACUCACACUUCCAGAUGGAUUGAGAAAUUUAAUCAGCUUGAGGCACAUUCAUUUUGAUCUUGCAAUACUUCAACCGGUUGAUCUCCAACACCUAACUUCUCUUCAAACGUUGCCAAUGUUUGCUGUGGGGGCUGUAGAAAGGAGGCAUCGUAAUGAUGAGCUAAAAUGCCUAAACCAACUUGUUGGUGAAUUGCGUAUAUGCCAGCUCGAACAUGUUAAAGACAAAGAUGAGGCUAGGGGAGCCAGGCUAUGCAAUAAACCAUAUUUAGGCAAGCUAAUUUUUGAGUGGAGCACUAUGAGAGGAGGCUAUGGUAAUCUUGAAGAAGUGUUGGAGAAUCUCCAACCUCACCCAAAUUUGCUGAGCUUAAUUAUUCGGAAUUAUGCAGGACAGAAGUUUCCCUCUUGGAUGUUAAGACCUGAUAAUGGUUUGUUUUUACUUGACAAUUUGAUGGAGUUGGAACUAAUCGAAUGCAUCAACUGUAAAAGUCUUCCACCUUAG